AUGGCGUACUCCACGGUGCAGAGGGUGGCGCUGGCCUCGGGGCUCAUCCUGGCUAUGUCGCUGCUGCUGCCCAAGGUCUUCCUGUCCCGCGGAAAACGACAGGAGCCGCCACCAGCACCCGAAGGUGAGAUGAGUCGAUUUCCACCCAGGAUGCAUCAUCACCAAGCACCCUUAGAUGGCCAGAGCCCCGCGGCUCGCGUCCAGCGGUCUCACCUUGCAGAGGCCUUUGCAAAGGCCAGAGGAUCAGGUGGAGGCAGUGGAGGAGGAGGAGGUAGUGGAAGAGGCCUGAUGGGCAGAUUAUUCCAAUCUACGGUUUUGGGAUUUUUUUUAUACAUACUGUACAUUCUAUUUAAGCUUUCCAGGGGAAAAACUACAGAGGACCGGAAGUGCCUACAGCUGCCACCCGGGAACGCCUACAGGAAAAUAACCAAUUUUGAGCUUGUUCAACUGCAAGAAAAACUGAAGGAGACAGAGGAAGCCAUGGAAAAAUUGAUCAACCGAGUGGGGCCUAAUGGCGGAAGCAGAGCUCAGACUGUGACUUCUGACCAAGAAAAACGAUUGCUGCAUCAGCUCCGAGAAAUAACCAGGGUCAUGAAAGAGGGAAGAUUCAUUGACAGGCUAACUCCAGAGAAAGAAGCCGAGGAGGCCCCUUACAUGGAGGACUGGGAAGGUUACCCUGAAGAGACUUACCCAAUUUAUGACCUUUCAGAUUGCGUCAAGCGUAGGCAAAAAACAAUCCUGGUGGACUACCCUGACCCAGAGGAGCCCUCUGCUGAAGAAAUAGCGGAAAGGAUGGGAGUGCCGGAAGAAUCCGACCACUUGGUCUGGGAAACGCCCACCAACCCCAGAGCCUGGGAAGAUAAUUAUGUCACCUCAUGUGACCCAAAGCCAGAAACGUGUUCCUGCUCUUUUCAUGAAGAAGAGGACCCCGCUGUCUUGGCAGAGAACGCUGGAUUCACUGCAGAUGGCUACAGUGAGCAGGAGGAAUCCGCCGCAGAUGCGUGGCCCCGGGACUUCGGGGCGGAGGGGUUGGGCAUCUGUGCCCACCAAGCAAGUACAGGGGGCACCUUGAGGAAGCGGAACCCCGAGGGCUUAGAGUGAAAACAGCCAGUUUGAGGGAGCAUCCAUUACUCCAGCCCCAGGGUGACCUGUCUCCCUCUCUCAGACUUCAUCCUCGGCCCUGUGCUUCCUCCCUAGUGUUCAAAUGUCAUAGCCAGUCAGGUGACAGCCACGGAUAUCGCGUAUCCCCCCUUGGUGCUCCCUUACCUGUCACCUUGUAAACAUCAUAGAGUAGUAGGAACACAAGAUGACCUUGCUCUUUUAUCUUCCUGCCUUUCCUCCAUCAGAGAAUUGAUCCACUGGGUAAUUAUGGCUGAUCUGUCAUAAUUACAGAUGGGACCAUUCAAAGGCAGAGGUCCAGUACUUCGCACUAGGAGUAACAGAUGGUUCCCCUGUGAAUGAACAUCAGUUUACACAUGGCAAGGACUUAAGGUUGCAGAGCAAAGAUCUCAGAGUCCAGGAUGCCUUAUUCUCUGGGCCUUGAGCAGGUUAGUGGUCCCCUGGAUUCAAGAGAAGAACAUUUUGUUUUGGGGGAUGAUGGAGCCAGAGCAGGGUGGGACUCCACUUUCUGAGCUAAAGGCCCUUCCUCACAGGAAGGGCUGAAAGACAUGCACUGUCCUGAAAAUGAGCCCAGGGGUCUGCUGGGGGGCUGUUUUGCUCUCAUGCUGCCUGGAUCUCUAGCUUCCUUUGUCCCUGUUCUGCACAACAGAACUGCCAAACCCAGAAGCACAUCUGUACCUCUUGUCUUCAGUGGCCAGAGGAAGCUUUAGGUAGAGACUUUAGUCCUCGCCCUGCAGAGACAGGGUCUGAGGCUGCAGGGAAGCCUGCCCGAGGGUAGUGGUCCUGCUGUGAGCCUCAGGGGGCUGGUGACAGCUGUGGACGGUCCUUGCCUUGAAGCUGAUUUUGAAUGUUGUGCCCUCUGGGAAAUUCAUUUCCACAAUCACAAGACUUGAAACAGAAACAACCAGGUCUGAGCUUGUAGACAAAGUGCCAGCCCAACAGGGAAGUUGCAGAGUGUCUGUUGAGAGAACCAGCAUGGCGCAGUGCCCAGGGGAAGAGACCGUUGGACUGUCUGUAUUCAGGUAUCUGGGUCUUCUGAGAGCUGGUGACAGUAGGAAGUGGGUUAGCACUGGGAGGAUUUCGGCCAAACUACAAGCCUAAUUUCUAAGCUGCCAUCUGUCUUCUUAAGGUAAGACAGCACCCACGUACUCUGUCUAGUAAGGAUGAGCAAGUCCAGUUUACAUGGGAGACCUGAGGUUUUAAAGAGGACGCAUCCCUGAGGGCAUUCCCAGUCAUGAAAGGUGGAAGGCUUGAAAUUUAAGGAAUUGUAGAAAGGCAGGUGCGACUUGUAGAGUUCCAUUGUUUCUGGCCCAAGAGGCCAGGAAAAUACUUUAAAUUACACAUACAAGCAUACCGACUGCUGUCAGAGGUACGGGAUCAUACUAAGGUAGUGUCGGUUACUGCUAGACAGUUCUUGUUUGUCAGUGAACCACAGAGAAGUCGCUGAAGAUUGAGUCUUUAGGAAGUUUAUUGCAUCUGCCUUUGUGUGGAACAUUCGAUUCACUUGUACAAAUGGAGUUUAAAAUGUGCUGAGAACAGUCUAGAUGUAAUGGAAUGCUAAAGGUAAAAAAUAAUGUAGGUGCUCUUUACUCUUGGGAUAAGUCUUUUUCCAUGUCAUUUCCCUUCGGACACAGUGAGGGGUUGAUUUGUGAGGGGAGUCCUGGGCCCUGUUCCGAGUGUCUUUCCCGCCUUAGGAUGUGAUGCCCUCAUUAGAGACACGUGUUUCCUUCUAGCUAAUCCACUCAUUUAUUCACUUGGCAGACACCACUCAGAACUAGGCAGUGGGAACAGAGGGCUCAUUUCCUACCUUUUAAAAACUCAGUUUAAUAUGGGAGCCUUAUCCAAUUUAUUUUUUUAAGUGAACUAUAAACUACAAAAGGGCUCAAGAUCAUGAAUUCUGCAGGCAGAGAAGUGUCCAUCAUGACUCCGUCCUCGCCUGUUCUGACUGCAGGCUCUUGUCAGCCCCUGGAGUCUUGGCUUUCUCUUCUCUACAGAAGGGGGUCUCCGGGCAGGGGUGGGGUGGGCUGUGAGCAUUAAAUGACGUCAUCAGUGCCUGUAAAACAGCACCAGUCCUGUCUGGUGCGUGGUAACCACUUGGUAAGUGGCAGCUAAGGUUCUGUGCUAUAUAACUGAGAUAGGGACCCACAUCUACAGAAAAAGAGACUUUUUGCCAAAGUACCUUGCAGAGGAUGUAGAUUUUGAGGUGUGCUGAGAACUGAGGACUUCUCCAGGUGGGCAAGGAGGAGAGGACAUUCUGGCAGAAAGAGUAGUGUUGAGAAAGCAGUGGGGUGUGGCAGUCAGUGGUUGUUCAGGUACUUUGAAGAGGCUGCUGUGUAAGGUGUUACAUAACCAAGUCCUUAUUUUGCGAGUUAGUCUCUGGGGGAAGCUGGCGUGUGGACGUAGUUCCUGCAGAAGUACAGGAGCUCAUGACGGCUCCUGCUGCCCUAGGCCUUGGUGGGCGCAUACAGCAGGAGUGUAUGUAUUUCUGUCUCGGAAAUUUUAUGUACUUGUCAAUCACUUCUGAUUAGACAGUCUUUUUUUGUUGUUGUUUGCAUUUUCUGGAGUUGUUUUUUCCUCCAGGAGUGACAGCUGCAUGUGAGUAUACAGCCCAGGAUGACCAAAAUCAUGGCGCUGGCUUCUGUUAUCAGCCUGAUGCCUCUUGGCUCGUUUCUCAGAACUGGUGUGGGCUGUGAACUCGGCCGCUCCCCUGGCACUAGGUCUGCCUCGGCCUUGGGCCACUGUGGCAGGGCAGGCACACCUCGGGGGGCAGACAGUCAGCCUGGGACACAACUACAGCACCUGGGACUGUGCUUGGUAAAUCAGGCAGGUGACCCAGCCAGGAGAUGCUCUCUCCUGGUUGUAACAGGAGGCACAAGGAAAGCACUCCAUUAGCAACAGGACUCGUGAUGGGUGGGUGGGCUCAGGAAGUGAGGCCCAGGGAGCUGUGUCGACAAGCAGAAGCACAUUUGGCCUCUGGAAAAGAUGGCCCACACCUCCUGUAGCUUGGGUGUCAAACAGCUUAUGGUCCAAACUGGAAAACUUGGGGAAAGGGAGCUUUGAUGGUAAAUAUGCGAGGAUAAAAGGUAUACACCAGGACUGUCCUAGAUGUAGGGUCUCCCUGUCUAUGGUGUCUAAAAGAUUUCUCCUUAACUGGGGACCACGAAUAACAAACCCUCUCUCACCUUAUCCCCUGCAUGUGCUGUCUCCUGCACAGGCAGAGCCAAGGAGAGAGGCUAUAGUUCCCGCAGGAAAUGCUCUUGCCUACAGAAGAACUCCAAACUGAAGGUGAUUAACCAGGCCUCCUUAUUACUGCAUUCUUAAAAUUUCCCCUUAACCCAGACCCUUAACCUAAAGAAACAUCUACUACUUCAUCGGCAUUGAGGAAAAACAGGAAGUAGCCAUGCUGUUUUCUUCACCCUUUUAUACAAAUCUUUCUAAAUGCACCUAAACUUUUCUUUCCCAUUUAUAUACAAAUAGGACAAGUUCCUUUUCGUUAGUUUAUUUUUUCUCUGAGCACUGGUUUCCUCAUCUGUGAAUUCAGAAUACCCCCCACCUGCAAGGUUGCUAGGACGAGAGGAGGGACCGUCUGCAGAGCGCCUGUCCCCAGGGGCCGCACACCCUGGGUGCUCGGACGGCACCCGUGGCUGUCGUCAGGUCCUGGGCGGCUGCUCUGAUGCCCUCCAGACUGCGGGCGGCCGAGUGUUGACCACCUCCCUUGGGGGUCAGACCGUGCUCUUUCACCUCUGCUUCUCGCCGCAGCAGCAGCCUCCCUCACACUUGGUUUUGGACCUGCCACUGGCUGGAAAGAAGAUUCCCAAGCAUGUCCACGUUCCGCUGAAGUGGCUCAGGCCCUGAGUGGGGCCACAGGAAUCAAGUGGCUGGGUCUUCUUCUAACCUGGGCCUUUCCACCUUUUUUUUUUUUUUUUUUAGCUCGAUGGCCAAUUUUUGCUCCUAACGGCCAGGGCCACAGGGGGAUACUCAGGAACCAACAGCCCCUUUCCAGCUGGUACAGCUAACCCAUGCCAGCCCUCCCCAGCCUCUGUGUGUGGUUCUGAGCAUCCUUAAAUGUGAAGAGCACAGGGAGGACAGCUCUGACCACCUGUCAUUGCUUCCAGACAAGCUGUGACGCCCUUGUUACCACCGUCCUCACCCCUGAGGCUCUCAGGACAGACGAAUGAAUGGUAUAAAACAUGUUUUUUCUCCUUUUAUAGGAAAAAGAAAGUAUACAGUAGUGUUGAAACAGUUCAAGUUUAAUUUGUUGAUAUAUGGUCUGUACUUUAGACAAACACUUAAGUUAUACAAUGGUACAUAAUGUCAGCAUGGGAAAAUACCGACUUUGUCAUUGCACAUACCAAUAAAUAAAUACAUUGAUCCCGAA